CAAGAAAUCCGGUGGCAAGCCACCUGAUCUGUCGGAACCAGAGACGCUUGAGAAGAUUGCGGCAGAAAUUAACAACUUUACCAAUGCUGACCACUUCACUCCUCCCCACAUUUCUGCUCCUGCUCAACCUGUCACCUUGGAAGUCAAAAGGAUCCACAUCCAAGCGUCUGUGUCCCUGAGAUGAUGAUUGCAGCAGAAAUUAACAAUGAACACACAACCACGUUCAACUCAUUCGGACACAACAGCAACAAGAAAUCCGGUGGCAAGCCACCUGAUCUGUUGGAACCAGAGACGCUUGAGAAGAUUGCGGCAGAAAUGAACAAUGAACACACGACCACGUUAAACUCAUUCGGACACAACAGCAACAAGAAAUCCGGUGGCAAGCCACCUGAUCUGUCGGAACCAGAGACGCUUGAGAAGAUUGCGGCAGAAAUGAACAAUGAACACACAACCACAUUCAACUCAUUCGGACACAACAGCAACAAGAAAUCCGGUGGCAAGCCACCUGAUCUGUCGGAACCAGAGACGCUUGAGAAGAUUGCGGCAGAAAUGAACAAUGAACACACGACCACGUUCAACUCAUUCGGACACAACAGCAACAAGAAAUCCGGUGGCAAGCCACCUGAUCUGUCGGAACCAGAGACGCUUGAGAAGAUUGCGGCAGAAAUGAACAAUGAACACACAACCACGUUCAACUCAUUCGGACACAACAGCAACAAGAAAUCCGGUGGCAAGCCACCUGAUCUGUCGGAACCAGAGACGCUUGAGAAGAUUGCGGCAGAAAUGAACAAUGAACACACGACCACGUUCAACUCAUUCGGACACAACAGCAACAAGAAAUCCGGUGGCAAGCCACCUGAUCUGUCGGAACCAGAGACGCUUGAGAAGAUUGCGGCAGAAAUGAACAAUGAACACACGACCACGUUCAACUCAUUCGGACACGACAGCAACAAGAAAUCCGGUGGCAAGCCACCUGAUCUGUCGGAACCAGAGACGCUUGAGAAGAUUGCGGCAGAAAUGAACAAUGAACACACGACCACGUUCAACUCAUUCGGACACAACAGCAACAAGAAAUCCGGUGGCAAGCCACCUGAUCUGUCGGAACCAGAGACGCUUGAGAAGAUUGCGGCAGAAAUGAACAAUGAACACACAACCACAUUCAACUCAUUCGGACACAACAGCAACAAGAAAUCCGGUGGCAAGCCACCUGAUCUGUCGGAACCAGAGACGCUUGAGAAGAUUGCGGCAGAAAUGAACAAUGAACACACGACCACGUUCAACUCAUUCGGACACAACAGCAACAAGAAAUCCGGUGGCAAGCCACCUGAUCUGUCGGAACCAGAGACGCUUGAGAAGAUUGCGGCAGAAAUGAACAAUGAACACACAACCACGUUCAACUCAUUCGGACACAACAGCAACAAGAAAUCCGGUGGCAAGCCACCUGAUCUGUCGGAACCAGAGACGCUUGAGAAGAUUGCGGCAGAAAUGAACAAUGAACACACGACCACGUUCAACUCAUUCGGACACAACAGCAACAAGAAAUCCGGUGGCAAGCCACCUGAUCUGUUGGAACCAGAGACGCUUGAGAAGAUUGCGGCAGAAAUUAACAACUUUACCAAUGCUGACCACUUCACUCCUCCCCACAUUUCUGCUCCUGCUCAACCUGUCACCUUGGAAGUCAAAAGGAUCCACAUCCAAGCGUCUGUGUCCCUGAGAUGAUGAUUGCAGCAGAAAUUAACAAUGA